CCCGGGGCAGCUAAUAGGGAACCGAGGUGGCCCGCUGGGGCCCAGCCACGGUUAGCCAUAGAGUCCCGCCCGCACGGUCCAAUCCGUAGGAUGGUCGAGGGGGGCUGCGUUGUGGUUGCUCACAAGGUCCUGGCCCACGGUGGUUUCGAAUGCUCGCUUCCCAGACAUCCGAUGGACAAAGGUUCAGAUUCCAACGGGACGCUUCAGAUCCCAACCGGAACGGUUCAGAUCCCAACCGAGCUUACUUGAGUUUCCAAGUGCUUGAAACGCUUCAUCCGUAGCCAUUUUGGCUCAAGGUUCAAGCAUUUCGGCCAGAGCGACCGCUGCUCGAGUUAUCUGCUGAUUGCCCGCUUCACCUGCUUCCCACCGCGCCUGGUAAGCGUACAGACAGAUGGCGCGUGUUGGCAGCCGGGGUUCCUCUUUGCUCGCAUCGUGCGCUCUCUUUGCGCUGAGCGGUGCGUUGCUUUCUUGUAGAAGCUCUUUUGUCGCCCCUCCGUCCAUUCGUCAGCAGGAUGCGCAGAGCUUGCAGACCAGCGGCCUGAUGGCAGGACCAACGGUAGUCGACUUGAAGGCAGGGCACCGGACCGCAAUGCAGUUCUUCUCCGGGGAGCCGACGCCGCCGCCAAAGCCGAAGGAGAAGCCCUUCAAGCUCCCGCCGUUCUUCACCACUCUCGCAUCCCUGGCCGUCGUCAUCGGCGGCUGCGCUUACUUUCUCAACAACGCCUAGUAGGGGCCGAGUUGCGUGAGGGGCCCGUGGUACUGUUGCCAGUGGAUGGCACCGUCCUGGCUGAUCACGCCAUGGCAGAGGUCAUGUUGUUUGAACAGGGGGGUGGAACAACGCACGAUUUUCCUCUCGCUGGCCUCCAGAGUGCCAAUUUUCGUCAGAGUUUUAGAAAUGCGCGAACUGUCUAUGCCUGCACUUCCCGCGAUGCUUAGUUGCUGCCGCCCGGCAAUUUGAACCUCAAAGCCUACUGUUCUGCACCGUGGGCGACGCAAGAUGGAGAAUGUCCGAAACACCAUUAAAAAAAACGCUUGA